CGCCGCAGAGGUCUAGCUGGUCUACGGGAAAAUGGCGGCCGUCCUAUAACAACCUCCUUCCCUCCGCCUCCACCCCCGUGUGUGCUCAGCAGCCAUAACGAAUAACCUACCUAGCGCCCUCUCCGGGUCACUCCGCCCUCCUGUCAGCAGCCCGUAGACCGGAAGUGGCCCGUGCCCGGUGACCCAUGAGCUCGUGCAGGGCUCUCCUGUGCUGGGGGUGUUCCGGGCGUCUCACCCGCUGGGCGCCCACCAGGCGGCCCGUGUCCACCAGGCCUAACUCUAAUGGUCCCGGGAAACCCGGCGGCUUCAGACCGGAGCGGGUCGCCGUGGUGACCAAGACCACCCGCUAUGAGUUCGAACAGCAGCGGUUCCGGUCCGCUGGGCUGUCUGAGGACGAGCUCCGGGAGCUGCUCGCGUUAAAAGGUUCCAGUUACAAUGGUCUGUUACAGCGACAUAACAUUCACUCAGAAAACGUGGAGCACGUUGUACAGAGUUUACGCAAUGACGGCAUUGAUGUGAGGGUAGUGAAAAGAAGAGACUAUGACGAGGAGACUGCGCGAUGGGCGGACGCCAUCAUCUCUGCAGGAGGGGAUGGGACAAUGCUCCUCGCUGCCAGCAAAGUACUAGACAAGUUCAAGCCUGUGAUCGGAGUGAACACUGAUCCAGAAAGGUCUGAAGGACACCUCUGCUUACCGAUGCGGUACAGUCACUCCUUCCCAGAAGCUCUGCACAAGCUUUAUCGCGGUGAGUUCAGGUGGCAGUGGCGUCAGCGGAUUAGACUGUUCCUUGAAGGCACCGGGAUUAACCUGACACCUGUCGACCUACACGAGCAGCAGCUCAGCCUGGAGCAGCACAGCAAGGCGCACAGCUCUGGAACACAUCAAGAGCAAUCAUCUGCAACUAUUUCGGGGCCCCAUCUUUUGCCUGUAAGAGCAUUAAAUGAAGUAUUUAUCGGGGAGUCUCUUUCCUCAAGGGCGAACUAUAAAUUCUGCAAACCACGUUUUACCUUCUCGCUUCAUAGGGCCUCCUACUACGAGAUCUCUGUGGAUGAUGGGCCUUGGGAGAAGCAGAAGAGCUCCGGAUUGAAUGUUUGCACAGGGACGGGAUCUAAAGCCUGGUCUUACAACAUAAACAAGAUGGCUCCCCAGACCGUGGAGGAAAUACUGAACAUCGUGAAACGCCACAAGAUUGCAAACUUGACUCUGAACCCUGACCUCAUAGAGCAAGUGACAAAUGAAUACAACUCCUCUCUAAUAUUCAACCCCGAGGAGCAGAAGAUGUUCUUCAGUAUACGGGAGCCCAUUUCAAAUAGAGUUUUUUCCAGCAGCCGCCAGUGCGGUUUUACCGCCAAAGUGUGCGUGCGCUCUCGUUGCUGGGACGCCUGUAUGGUGGUUGACGGUGGGACCUCUUUUGAGUUCAAUGACGGCGCAAUUGUGACAAUAUCCAUGGACGGCGAGGACGCUCUGUGCACUGUCCUUUUAGACGAAUGAGUCUCCACCUGACCUGUAAACCUCCCCCUCCCCAACCUCAGGACACCCCGAUAAAUGUGCAAGGUGCGGAUUGUGGGAUCAGGACAACCAUGGGAGUGACGUCUGUUACAGGGAGACCUGCUGCCAAUCCUACGACUGCUGGCGCCUCGGUCAGCGGACUGCUGUAUAUUUGUAAAAAUAAGAGCCCAGAUCUAUUAUUGCCAGCACUGAUGCAAUUUUGAUAGUUUAUUAUGCACCAGGCAGUUUUUAGCUUUCUUUACAUUGAUUUUUUUUUUUCUAGCAGAAUUCAUGGGUGAUGAACCAAAUGGUUUUGGCUUCUGCCUAUUUCCUGCUUUUUCCACUAAAUAUAUAUAACUUGUCUCAAAA